UCUAAAAUUUGUGAACUUCAAAAUACACAAAGAAUCGGGAAUCUAAUAAUCUAUAGGUUGGGGAAGGUAAAUAGUUUAAAAAAAAAAUACCAAGUUAAAUAAAAUUUUCAUAAAUUGAACUUAAAAAUAAAAAGCCCAUUUUAAUAAAUAUAUCGGAAUUACGUGUAAUUUUUCAAAACUGAAAGGUCUAUGUUUUAAACUAUUUUAAAACUAACAAACAAAUAUAUAAAAGAAUAGACAUCCACCCUAAAUUGGCACAUCUAAAAGUACAUAUUCAGUAACAUAACGAAGAUAAAAUCCCAAAGAAGUAUAAAUGCUGGAACAAUUAAAAAAGGAUUAAACGGACUAUUUUUUUUUUCUUUUGGUAAAAAUAAAUACUAUCAAAUAUGCCGCAAAACGAAGAUACUGAACCCAUAAUAAAUGAAGAAGAUGGACCUAAUUAUGAUGCUCCGGUAAAUUACCAUCAAACGGAUAAUGAACUAGAUCCAGAAUUGACAGGUUGUGGGGCAACGGCAUGUUGCAACCCAUUUUCCAAAGUUCAUCGUUUCAUUGCUUUAAUUUUUAUGUGUUUGCUUGGUUUUGGAUCGUAUUUUUGUUACGAUAAUCCAGGAGCUUUGCAAGAUCAUUUCAAAGAGGACCUUAGUUUAUCAACCACUCAAUUCACUUUGUUGUACUCAAUUUACUCUUGGCCAAAUGUUAUACUGUGCUUCAUUGGAGGUUUUUUGAUUGACCGAGUUUUCGGAAUUCGACUUGGAACCAUAAUUUAUUUAUUCAUUUUACUAAUUGGUCAAUUUUUGUUUGCUUUUGGGGCAUUGUUAAAUGCAUUUUGGCUAAUGGUUGUUGGUCGAUUUGUUUUCGGAAUUGGUGCUGAAUCAUUAGCUGUUGCACAAAAUAACUAUGCUGUCCUAUGGUUUAAAGGAAAAGAACUUAAUAUGGUUUUUGGUUUACAAUUGUCAUUUGCUCGUGUUGGUAGUACAGUAAACUUUGCUGUAAUGGAACACGUUUAUAAAUACGUCUCACAAUUUUACGAAGGCUAUAAAUGUACAGGAGUUGUUCUGUUAUUAGCAUCGGCAACGUGUGUUAUGUCUUUUAUAUGUGCUCUAAUACUAGGUCUCAUGGAUAAAAGGGCACAGCGUAUCACACGCAGAAUAGACAACCCAUCAGGAGAAACUGCUAAGUUAAGCGAUAUUUUUACGUUCAAAUUAACUUUCUGGAUGGUUUCUAUAAUUUGCGUGGCAUAUUAUGUAGCAAUAUUUCCCUUUAUCGCCUUAGGAAAGGCAUUUUUUAUAGAAAAAUGGCAUUUUAAACCUGAAGAUGCAAAUAGUUGCAAUUCUAUUAUAUACAUAAUAUCAGCAAUCACUAGCCCUCUUUUCGGUUUACUAAUUGAUAAAUGUGGAAGAAAUGUAUAUUGGAUUUUGUUUGCAACAAUUGCAACUAUUGGCUCACAUUCCUUAUUAGCAUUUACUAUGCUAUCACCCUAUGUAGGAAUGGUUUUAAUGGGAUUCUCAUAUGCAUUAUUGGCAAGCAGCUUAUGGCCAUUGGUGGCUAUAAUUAUACCUGAAUAUCAAUUAGGAAGCGCAUACGGAAUAUGUCAGUCUGUUCAAAAUUUAGGUCUUGCCGUAAUAUCCAUUAUUUCCGGCAUGAUUAUUGACAGAACCAACAGCAAUUACUUAUAUUUAGAGCUUUUCUUCAUUGGAUGGUUACUUAUUUCUCUGACGGCCACAAUAGUCAUUUUGAUCUAUGAUAAAUCUAAAAAAGGAAAUCUAAAUUUAAGUCCUAGACAGCGACAAGAAUAUAACGACAAAUUAAUGGCUAUAGCGGAAAAUAAUAUGGCGGGAUCAAGUUCAGUAGAUGAAUUAAACCCUUCCGAUGUUGGAGUAUCUCGUCGUCAAGUUAGACAAACAGUAGAUGAUGGAACUGGAAGUGACAGAGAGCCUCUCUUGAGAGAAUAAUUAUUUUUGUGUUUAAAUUUAACUGUAUUAUUUUAGUAGACAAUUUUUAUAUUAUUAUUUUAUAAAAUAUAAAUGUAGUCUUUUUAUAAUUUUUACAAAUUAAACUUUUAUUAAAAUUUUAAAGCAAUUUAAUAAACUAGUGAAAAAUUAGAAAGCAAAAAAAAAACAAAACUCGAAAUAGAACAAAUACAUAUAUAAUUCAAGGCUGUAUAGUGUAUAAAAGAUAGUUUUUUGAUGUAGAUAGAUAUUAUGAAAAAGUUAAGCCAAUUAUUUUGUAUUACACUUUUUUUUAAUUAUAUGAUAAUUUAAAAAUCAUUUAUUUUAUUUCUGUUUAUGUAAGUUUCAUAAAUGUUUUUAUUAGAGGUUUAAAUAGCUGUGACAGGCUUUUUAUCUAGUUAAAAUAAUUAAAACUGUAUAUUCUAUAAAAAAAAUAACAUUCAUUGAUAAAACAA